AUCCUGGACGGCAACUCGCAGACGGAAGUGACGAAUCGCAGGAAUCCGGGGAUGUUUUGCGGCGAGAUCGAGCAGACGAGAGCCUUCAUUUCGGAGACGUCCAUCGUCAAAAUUAUCUUCAACGUCAACAAUUUCACGGAGGAGACCUAUUUCAGCUUUGAUUCCCGCGUCGAGCAGCAGAAGGAGGUUUACGGCCGGUUCGGACCCAACCCGGUGCUGUACCCGUACCGGCGCGGUGAGGUGAUCCCCGGUACGUACUGCGAGCGCGUGUUCACCGACUGCAAGCUCCAGUCGUGCUUCGUGCAGUCGCCAGGGUACCCGAGCGUGUACCCGCGCAACCUGCACUGCAAGUACUACCUCAACACCCGCCUGCCGUUCAUCAAGCUGUACAUCGAGAACGAGGAGUUCAACGUGGACGGCCAGCGCUGCGAGAACCCCAUGAUGUGCCCCAUGAGCCCCAUCUCGACCAACUGCCACUACGACUUCAUCCGCAUCUACGACGGCAAGAACGAGGACGCGGCCCUCAUCGGCACCUUCUGCGGGAUGGGGCGCUUCCCGCACUCCAUCAUCGGCUCGGGCCAGGACAUCAUGGUGGAGUUCGUGUCCUCGCCAGCCGGCCCCUUCCUCAACACGGGCUUCCACUUCAACGUGGGCAACUGGCCGGGCCACGUCGAGUCCAGCGGGUCGCGGAACGGCACCUGCGACUGGGUCUUCUCCAGCGACACGGUGGAGCGCGGCCAGGAGUCCAUCUUCCUGUCGCUGGCCCACUGGUACCCGCCGGGGACGUCCUGCUCGUACCUGAUCCGCGGCCGUUCCGACGAGGUGGUCCGCAUGUACUUCCCGUCGUUCCGCGUGCGGCCCAUCGAGGCGCCCAUCCGCCCGUACGACGGCGACUGCGGCGAGACGCUCAUCAUCUACGAUUCGGACCGCGAGGACGACGCCCGCAUCAUGAAGAUGUUCUGCGACACUUUCUCACGGCCUCUGGAGAAGCACGACUUCAUCUCGACCGGCAGCGCCAUGUUUGUCAAGUUCGAGAGCCGCACCGGGAGCUACGACGGGUCCUCGCUCUACUACUGGGCUCAGUACGACUUCUUCAACAACACCCACUACGGCAAGCCGGUCGAGGACACCCUGUGCGACGAGCUCUUCGAGUCCUACGUGCGCCCCGAAGGAAAGUUCGGGUCCCCUCUGAACACGCUCCUCUAUAAGACGGACGAGGACUUGAUGUGCCGCUACCAGUUCAAGGCCCCGCGCUACCAGUACCGCCGGAUCCUCCUCACCAUCAACUCGACCAACUUCAAGCAUAACGAGGACGCCUGCAUGGACUGCCUCAACGACAAGGUGGACAAGCUGAAGAUCAUCGAUCCCUUCCGCAACGGCACCAACGUCUGCAUCUGCGACAACUGGGUCACGGGAAACCGCCUCCCGCCGAGCAUCGUGUCGAACGGACCCUCGCUCACCCUCGAGAUGCACAUCGACCACCGCCACGCCACGACAAACUACUUCAAAUUCGAGGACCCGAUCUUCGAGGGCACCUACAAGUUCAUCCACAGCCCCAUCUGCGGCCCCACCGUCAUCCCCGCCGCCACCGAGGGCAACAUCAUGUACCCGAAGUACGAGCCCUACGUAUACGGCGGCUACGGCGAGGACGUCCACUGCAUCUGGGAGCUGCGGGUCAAGCAGGAGAGGGACGUGUGGCUGUACGUCGACCAGCUGGACUUCUCCCUCAACGACUGCUCGCUCGAGGUGAUCGAGGUGUUCCUCCCCGGGCGCGACCGGCCCGAGUUCACCAUCUGCGAGAAGAGCGAUACUGGGGAGGACGCCAAGACCAACAUCCUGAAGGCGCGCGACCUGAUCGAAGGCGCCAUCAACAUCCACUUCAAGUCCUCGGCCCCGGGACACUCCAACUUCAAGCUCACGUGGACGGAGCUCUUCGAGCUGCCCAAGAACAGCGACGGCACCGUCAUGACCUCCAAACUGAUAGCUUCGGGGGACUGCGAGUUCGUGUGCCCCGGCCAGGCCGCCUGCAUCAAUAACGACCUGGUGUGCAACGGCGUCCGCAACUGCCCCGGCAACGCCUCCGCCGCGGCCCAGCACGACGAGGCCCCAGAAAUCUGCUUCGCUCGCACCGGCUCCAAGUUCAACUACGUCGCCCUGGGCCUCGGGGCCGCCGGCGGGACGGUGGUGGCCGUCGCCGUCAUCAUCCUCGUGUGCCGCAACUGCCGCAAGCGCCCGGACGACAACACCUUUUAAGGGCUCCGGGAAAGUUAAGAAGGAGCUUUAGCGUAAGGAAUGAAAGGGUUGAGGUGGCGGAAAAGGAACUGCAUCUCCCUUGUGUCACAGUGAUGGUCUGGGUCCCAGCAGGUGUCAAGAUCCGCGAGAUAAUGAUGAGAAAAAGAGUUUGAUCAGUUUAGAGGCUUUUUUGGGGACCCACGCUCGAGCCUGGACGGCGUCUUGGCAUUGAGCCGCGCAAAACAGAAACACAAAACGCACAAGUCCAGACCUGUUGAUGACAAUAAUAAAAAGAGAUAAAACUCUCUCGCUUGGCCCACGUCAAUUAAAACGUUCCAAACGCGUGAGAGAAAAGGUGCGAGAAGGAAACCAAACUAAAUACGGCAGAGAUGUGAAAAAAGGAACAUUUCUGACUAACCAAUUCUUCCAUUGUCAAGGAGAGACUGGCCCUCGAGAGAGGCGAGGUCUUCCUCCAGCGAGAGACUGGCCAGACGUUGCUUGUUAAGUGACCUAGCAUCAUCUAGUUUAAUGACUAUCUGUGACCUGUUUUCCUUGUGGAUAUAUAAGAGUAUAUUGCAGAGUGAGACAUUGUAUGUAAGAGUCUAUGUAUAUAUAAUGGAUUUAGUCCCGUUUAGAGGGUCUUGGUAUAUGUCAAAUAGGGUCUCUUUUUUAAUUUAUUGUCAAUUCUGCAUUAAUUGAAACAAAUCAAAAUCUAGUUUCGAUUAAGUACAAACCUAUAUGUAAAGAGUAUGACCAGCCGGUGACCACGCAAUGUGCAGAGAUGUUCAUUUGAUUUUGCUUUUAUCUUAUGACUAAAUGCGUGCGCUUCUUUUUUUUUCUCGUCAUCAUUAUCAGCCGUAAAUGGUCGCUUCAUAUCCACCCUUUUCUCUAAAUGAGUAAUUUAGAUGAAUGAUAUAUUUCUUUUCAAGUAUUUUGAGAUUUAUUAAAGGUUCGCUGAUGA